AAGCCAAUAAUACAUUUAAAGCUUCAUCAAUAGAAUGUCAGGAACCAGACAAACCCCUUGACAAUAGAGCGAUUAUUGUUCUCGUGGUUGUAUGUUUAUUCAUAACAGUUAUGGCACUGGGAACAUUGUACGACAUAGUUUUUAUACAAUGGCCAAAGUGGGAAGCUGAGGAUCAAAUGACGUCUGAGUAUGAGGUUAAAUACUCUAAGAAAGGAGAAAAGGCUUCACUCCUUGACAAUGCUGAUUCUAAAAUUGUUCAUGAACCAGGACUCAUUGGGAAGAUUCUUCUAUCGUUCUCGGUGUACACAAAUGGAGCAUCUAUCCUUAGGACAGAGCAAAGUAAAGAUACAAUAACGUGUAUAAAUGGUAUACGUUUUAUCUCCAUGACAUGGGUUUGUCUUGGGCAUGGCUACUUAGCUAGUUUUAGCAUCGCAGAUAAUAUUGCUACAGCAUUACCCAAAUAUAAAGAGAGAAUAUCAUUUAGUAUCAUAACCAACUCAUUUGUAUCAGUAGACUCAUUCUUUACUCUGAGUGGGCUGCUGUUGACAUAUUUGGUCAUGAAGAAUUUAAAGAAAAAUGAAGGAAAGAUUAACUGGGGACUGUUUUAUUUUCACAGAUUUUGGAGAUUAACACCUCCGUAUAUGUUGAUUUUGAUGGUAUACGUGUCUCUGUUCCCAUACAUUGGAAGUGGUCCGCUCUGGGAAAAGGAUGGUCCCGAACCUAAUUAUUGCAAAGACGCCUGGUACUACAAUAUAUUUUACAUCAACAAUUUAGUAGAUGAUCCAAAAAAGCAAUGUAUGGUAUGGACAUGGUAUCUUGCUAAUGACAUGCAAUUUUUCAUAUUGAGUCCCCUUAUUCUUCUACCAUUGUUUUACUCACAUUUGGCAGGAGCUGGAGUGUUACUUGUAUUUUUGCUGGGGACUUGGAUUUCUACAGGUGUUGUAUCUUCUUUUUAUGAAAUACCAGCGGGCGGUUUUGCACAAACCGAACAUCGUAGUAAAAUAUAUGACAGACCUUAUGCAAGAAUGGGUCCAUACCUAGUGGGAAUGUAUACAGGAUACCUCUUAUAUAAAACCGGCUGUAAGUGGAAGGUUAACAAAUGGCUGAAUUUGAUUUUAUGGGCUGUAUUCGCUGCCUUAGCAUGUUUGAUUCUUUAUGGCUUACAUGGUGAUGAUAAUGGAAGUGUCACUUUGUCCAAUGACGUGGCAGCACUAUACAAUACUGUACAUAGAACAAUAUGGGGAGCAAGCAUUUCUUGGGUUAUUUUUUCAUGUGCAACAGGCAAUGGAGGUUUCAUCAACACAAUUUUAUCGUGGAAAGCCUUUGUGCCUCUAAGUCGUUUAACAUAUAUGGCAUACAUGGUUCAUAUGAUUGUACAGAGCUAUUUUAGAUUGACUAAACAGAGACUGGUCUAUCUAAAUGAUAUGGAAACAAUAUAUGAAUUCCUUGGACAUAUAUGUUUGACAUUUGCUGUAUCUUUUGUGGCGUCUCUAGCUUUUGAGUUACCAAUGAUGGGAUUGGAAAAAAUCAUUUUCAAAAGAGAACCUAGAAAGAGAUAACAUACUUUAGAAUUCAGAAGAUUGUUCUAUCAUGCGGGAAUUAUACUAUAUGUCAAGGAAAUUAUGAUUUCAUAGUACAAUUAGGACUAUAUUAUGAUGAUAUCUGAGAAAUAGAAAUGCUUAUGUUUUCUCGUACCAUGAAAAUAAUUAAAAUAAAACGUAGUAUUGUGUUCAAAAGAUAUACAAAUAAUAAAGUGAAACUAUUGUGUUGAAAAAUGAUAAUUUAGCAACAUUGGUUUCCUUUACAACACCAUCUGUACAACU